AUGCGAAAGAAGCACACAGGUCCUCAAGGCUCCAGCAGCCGAGCUGCGCAAGCUGCUGGCGCCCUCGCGGCCGCUGCAGCCUCCCAGCAGCAGCAGCAGCAGCAGCAGCAGCAGCUGGCGGCGCCGCCGGCUGCUGCUGCAGACCCCCCUGAGGCUGCCUGCAAAGAGGGAAGGGCAGCAGCGGCGCUGAGGGCUGCGGGCUUUGUGGUGAGUGACUUCGGGCUGAGCAGCAGCAGCGCGAGGCGUGGCUGGCGGCAGCAGCAGCAGCAGCAGCAGAGGGAGUCUCUGAAGGCUGUAGAGCUUCAAAAUGCGUUUUUUUACUGCAACAAUCCGCAAAAAGGCAGCAGCAGCAGCUUCCCCGCGGGGGAGGCUGCUGUUGCUCUCGAUUGGACUCACUCCUGCGCGCUUUUUCGGGGGCAACCGGCAACAGCGGCGAACUUCUGGAAAAAGUUAUUGACACAGACAGAUUGA